AUUGUAUACGUGCCUCUUGCUUUACAUCACAUAAUUUCAAAAUUUAAGUGAUUUUUACUGAAUGUAAGCUAGCACUUAGUUAAAUUCACCAAAUUAGAGUUUUAGUGUUGUGCCAUUUCAGUUUGUUGAGGUGAAAAUGCGUGAAAUCGUCCAUUUGCAGGCCGGGCAAUGCGGUAACCAGAUCGGUUCAAAGUUCUGGGAGGUAAUAUCCGACGAGCACGGGGUGGAUGUUGAUGGAGUUUACAAGGGAGAAAACCCACUGCAACAGUCGAGGAUCAAUGUUUACUUUAAUGAAGCCUCAUCAGGCCAUUACGUCCCUCGAGCUGUCCUGGUGGAUCUGGAACCGGGCACCAUGGACUCUGUACGCGCAAGCCCAUAUGGACAAUUGUUCAGGCCUGACAACUUCGUCUUUGGACAGAGUGGAGCUGGAAACAAUUGGGCCAAAGGCCAUUACACCGAAGGCGCGGAAUUGGUAGAUGCAGUCUUGGAUGUCGUCAGGAAAGAGUCAGAGAACUGUGAUUGCUUACAAGGUUUCCAACUGACCCACUCCCUGGGAGGGGGCACAGGCUCCGGCAUGGGGACCCUGCUGCUCAGCAAGAUCCGUGAGGAGUACCCCGAUAGGAUCAUGAAGACUUUCAGUGUUGUUCCCUCGCCUAAGGUCAGCGAAGUGGUCCUGGAGCCAUACAACGCAACUCUCUCAGUCCAUCAGCUGGUGGAAAAUACAGACAUGUCCUUCUGCAUCGACAACGAGGCCUUGUACAAUAUUUGUUUUAGAACUUUGCGGCUUACGAGCCCGAGUUAUGGCGACUUGAACCAUUUAAUUUCGUACACCAUGUCCGGUGUCACUACGUGCUUGCGUUUCCCGGGACAGCUGAACGCUGACUUAAGAAAAUUGGCUGUAAACAUGGUGCCCUUCCCAAGAUUACACUUCUUUAUGCCAGGAUUCGCGCCUUUAACAGCAAAGAAUUCAUUCCACUACCGUCCACAAACAGUCAGCGAACUUAUGAGCCAGAUGUUCAACCCUGGUAAUAUGAUGGCGGCCUGCGACCCUCGGAAUGGACGCUAUCUUACUGUAGCUACGAUGUUCCGUGGAUCCAUGUCUAUGCGAGAGGUCGAUGAGCAGGUUCUCGCUAUACAGAAUAAAAACUCUAGCUAUUUCGUGGAAUGGAUUCCCCACAAUCUAAAAGUAGCUGUCUGUGACAUUCCACCCCGUGGUCUUAAGAUGUCAGCUACUUUCAUAGGAAACUCUACAGCUGUCCAGGAAAUCUUCAAACGGAUCUCUGAACAGUUUACUGCCAUGUUCCGGAGACGGGCGUUCUUGCACUGGUACACAGGGGAAGGCAUGGAUGAGAUGGAGUUCACAGAGGCAGCUAGCAACAUGAGUGACCUAAUUUCAGAAUACCAGCAGUACCAGGACGCUAUCGUAGACGCAGAUGACAUAGAAUUUGACGAGGAAGACGAGGUCGAAGAACAGGACGAAAAGCACGCUGUGAAAGUUGUUGAAUAACUGAUCUUAGUCGGAUGGCACGAGAAAAAUUUUUGAAAGAGUUUUUAUUUGAUAAUAUAUACACUUUAAGGAAAACACUACACUUACUGUUUUGAGCCAGUCAGAAAAAUAUUUUUUGACCGGCUUAAUACGAUUCAUGUCGAUAGAUGUGAUGACCCCCUUAUGGCAGGUUUACAGCUUAUAAGUAACGAAGAAAUUAACUAAAUUUGUGAGUGUAAACAAUCACGCAACAGCUGUUAAGUAAAACUAUGUAACAAAUUUGCAACAAGUUUCUGAUUUGAUAAAUAAGAAGCUAUUUUGCAAUGGUUUAAAUACGUUUAUUAUUCCGGAGCACAAAUAUUACAUGAUAAAGUUGAGCCUUGGAAGAAGGCCGAGGUUACCAUAUUUCUUUCUGUUAUUUUUUCUAUUUCGAGCAAAAAAUAUGUAAAAAGAGUAGAUUGACCUGACACUGCUUUCGUGGUUGUCACAGUAUUAUUUGUUACAUAGCUGCCUAUUCAUAUUGCUACUUAGUGGUAUUUACAUAAUCUCGCAUAUUUACACGUUUCUAGGUUCUUUGAUACCAAUUUGUAGAAUUUUGGUUGCGAUAUACUUAACUAUUUAUUUGAAAUACAAAUAACAUUAAUUUUUUUUUAAAUCAAUGGAAACCCAAAGUGUUCGUUUCCAUAAUGGUAAGCAAAUUUCAACUAUUUGAAGAAGUUUUUUCAUGUUUUUAUGAUAAAAUCAAUUAGAACAUGAUAAUUGAUAACACAGAAACAAAAAUCGUGUUACACGGUGUAAUCAUCAAUGGAUAACCAGAUAAGUAGAUUACAAUCAAACCUAUUUUUAGACAAAGUUGCGCUGACACUCCCACACACAGCACAUUCCGCAAUAAACGUGGCUUGAGCUUUGAAGCAUUUGGUGGGCUAACGUUUUGUUUUGUUUGCAAAAUGUCAAAGUACUUAUAACUUCACUAAAACACGUGUAUUCUUUAGACAACUUAAAAUUAAGUUAAAACUUACUUAAUUACUUCGUCGCUUAAUAUGGGUAAACCAGCCAUAAGACCAGAGGUAAACCAGGCCUUUAAUACCAUUGUUCUUGUCUCUAUCGGCCAUUGUGCGAAAAUAAGCGUGUAAGCAAGAUAGCACUUGAUAUGUGACCCCCUAACCUUUUACUUGGUUCAGAGUUUGAAUCUGUGAGACGUAAACUUCAUUGUGUUAUGGCUUCCUUAUUGCAUCAUUAAUGAAUGACGUGUGAAAACACCUUUAAGCCAUUUUGAUCUUUAAUUACAUUUCUUAAAUACUGCUUUCAACCGAAAAGCUUUUCCGUUGAAUGCGUAAGAAAGCUUUUACAACCAAAAGGUCGGUUAGGGGUCCGUUAUAUUAGGACAUUGGCUGCACUAAAUGUAAUGCAUUUACAGUAUAGUAUGAAUUAUAAUUAGAUGUACAAAAUGUAAACAUAGAAAUGUCAUUGUCAAAGUGUAAAUGCAGGUAUGCUAAACCUUCUAUUUUUAAGAAGUUCACAUGUUCUAAAAUUUUAAUUAUCUAUUACAAAAUAUUAACAAUA